AUGAUCAUCAAGCCUCUUUUAUCGUUGGUUGGCCUCUCAGCACCUACCAAGAAUAUCUGGGCAAACACGACGAAUGUCAUCGCCUUUGGAGAUUCUUAUUCAUACGUUCUGGGCACAUCAGGUCGACAGAACUACAGUUUCAUUGGGGACUAUCAGCAUAUUGGCUUUUCGAGCCAGCAGCUCUUGAACAACAAGAUUGUGCAAAGUCAGACCAGCACAGCAGAAGGCGGACCAAACUGGCUCGAGCAUCUUACUGGCUGUGGAGUCAAUGCUGGCACGACUUCACCAUUGGAUUGCAACGUUCAAUUAUGGGACUUUGCUUUUGCAGGUGCAGACAUUGGGACACAAUAUACCCCAAGACACAAAUACUUUACAGUACCACUAGUAAACCAGACCCAGCAAUUCCUCACCUACGCCCAACCAGCUCUCUCCAACAUCACAACUCCCCAAUCAACUCUGGCAUCCUUCUGGAUCGGCACCAACGACAUUUUCGACACUGCCACCUCAACUGUGCCAUUCAAGACUCUCUAUACCAACAUGAUUGCAACUCUGUUUGCAUCAAUCCAGACCAUCCACGAUGCAGGCUAUCGCAAUUUCCUUAUCAUGAACCUAGCACCACUCGACAAAACACCUAAAAACGUGCUUAAACGCCACCCCCUACCAAAUACUAGUAUGGUAAACCAAUUCAACUCCAUCCUCGCCUCCUACGCCGCAAAAUUCCAAAACAGCAAUUCGGACUCGAAUGUUGCACUUUUCGAUACAAACACUUUUUUGAAUGGCGUGUUGAAGAAUCCAGCACCUUAUGGUAUCAAGAAUACUACUGGGUUUUGCGCGGCAUGGGAUCAACCCAAUGUUGUUGCUGAUGCGGAGGCUUACGGGUGUCAGCCCAUAGAGGAGUAUUUUUGGUUUAAUACGGCACAUUUGACUUCGCAUGUCCAUGAGAUUUUGGCGACGGAGGUAAAGAGGUUUUUGAGUGGUGGUUCAUGA